UUUCUCAUAGUUAUAUAUAUAUAUAAAAUAAAAAUUUAUAUAUAUAUAUGUAUUAUAUACAUAUAUAUAUAUAUUCGCCGGAAAACUCAUCGGAAUCUUCACCGGCGUAAUCGUAUCGAACAUUUUGUAAUAAUUUAUUCAAUUUUUGACUUGGAAAUGAGUGAUCAAGUUUCUGAAUUUCAUGUAGCACAACAUAGUCGGAGGGAGAGGUUGAGAAUUACUAGUUCUGAAGAAUUAGAUAUUAUUCAUCAGUAUGGUAAUAUUUCAUAUGAUCCAUCAGUAGUACUGUCGUCGUCUGAAAUGAUUAAUUUUGCAACGACGACGACUGGUACUACUGAUGUUGCACAAAAUUGUAGCAAUUGGAGAAGUUUGCAGCAUUCUAGUUGUGGAUGGAAUAAUGUAACAAAUUUUAAUUCGAGUGGAUCUGUUAUUGAGACUAAUAAUUAUUUGAGUCCAAUGUUUGUUGGAGGAGAAGGAGGUGUGUUGUCUGGAUCGUUGAAUUUGAAUAGUAGUACUAUUGAUGUGAAGCCGAAUUUUUAUGGUGGGUUUAAUGAAAUGCACCAGUCAAUUCCGGAUACCAUUACUAGUAAUGCUGAGUUUAGUUCUUCUGUACUUUAUCACGAUACACUUCAAGAAGUUGUUAAGUCUGCUACAAAGGGAAAUCAACGUGUUGAUUCGUGGAUUGAGAAUGAGAGUUACGUGGAUCAAUCGCGUCAUUUGUAUGAUAAGAAUUGUGGAUUGGGGACAAACUUAAGAACCAAUGUAUCUGAUAAUUCGAGUGCUCAAGGCUUGGCUCUAUCUCUUUCACCAGUUCCAAGAACAAAUACGAUGCAAAUGGAGAAGAGGAACAAUGUGAUGGUACCUGAAAAUUUUGCAAUUGCACAACGAAGUGCAGUGCCACUUGGUCCUUUUACUGGCUACGCAACGAUACUUAAAAGCUCACAGUUUCUAAGGCCAGCACAGCAAUUGUUGGAUGAACUUUGUGAUCUUGCAGCAGGUUCAUCAAAUGUGAUUAAGUGUUCAAAUUUCUCGAAGAAGGUUCGUGAUGGUUUUAGGGUUUCUUGUGAUGUUAAUGCUGCUGAGUCUUCAUCAGGAGGUGGUGGUGGUGUCGGAGAUUCGAGUGGUUUGAAUGAAUCAAAUGUGUGUCCUGAGUAUCUGCAGAAGAAGGCAAAGCUUAUAUUUAUGCAGGAGGAGAUUUGUAAAAGAUACAAACAGUAUCAUCAGCAAAUGCAAAUGGUUGUAUCGUCUUUUGAAACCGUGGCUGGUCUUAGUGCAGCAACCCCGUACAUUUCUUUAGCUCUCAAAACUGUCGCGCAACAUUUUAAGUCACUGAGGAACACCAUCACAGAUCACUUGAAAAACAUAAGGCAGGCGUUAGGCGAAGACUUGCCCUCCCCUGCAUCUGGUAUGAGUAACAAAGGCGAUGGGAAUUCAUCGAGGUUGAAAUUCGUUGACCAGACAUCGUUACACAAACAGAAAAGUGGUAGUACAGCUGGGGUCGCGUUUUUAGAAUCGCAACAACAUGUCUGGAGACCUCAACGAGGCUUACCAGAACGCGCUGUGGCUAUUCUUAGAGCUUGGCUUUUCGAUCACUUCCUUCACCCGUAUCCUACAGAUAGUGAUAAACACAUGUUGGCUUCUCAAACUGGCUUAACUAGAAACCAGGUUUCGAAUUGGUUCAUCAAUGCACGUGUACGUGUAUGGAAACCGAUGGUUGAAGAGAUCCAUAUGUUGGAGACUAAAGGAGGAGAUCAAACAAGAAAAUCGGAUGUGAAUAAGCUCGUUACAGAACGAACCAACCAUGUGAACUGUGGGCAACAUUUGAGUAAUGUUCUACUCAACAUGAGUGGUGUAGCAAUGCCAGAGAAGCAAGAAAUCUGUCAUGGAGGAAUAGGACCCUCGGAACGAUUAGAUGAGAGUAGUAGUGAUCAUCAUAUGUGGAGGAAUCAAGAGAAACGUUCGAGGAUAGAGUGUCACCAUAUCUCUGAUGGAUCAAGCAUGGACGGAUCGUUGAUGGGGUUUGUACCUUACCAAAGAAAUGGACUUGAAAUCGGAGGUAACAUUGGUGCUGUGUCGUUGACGUUGGGGCUAAGGCAAAACGCUGAGGCUGCUCAACAACAACAACAGUUGCAACUACACGAACAUCGACUUAGGCAGCAGUUUGGAGGUCACAUUAUUCAUGACUUUGUAGAUUGAAUGGUGAAAAAAAGAGGAGUUUAGUUUGUAGAUUAUGUUAUUUCUCUAGUACUAGGUUUUAAUGUCACCAUAUUUUGUGACAUAGUUUUAGCUUUGCUAAGGCUCCUAAUGUAUGAUUCUCAGAUACAAGUAAGAAAUGCACUUGUUGUAGACAAUGUUACUAUAUCAAUCAUGUCUUUUGUAUAUAUAUUUUGAUAAAUGUGGAAUAUAGCUUUUAUGAAUGAA